AUUCGCAUAGGCUACUGCAGUAAGAAACGAUGUCGUUUACAUGCGGGCAUGGCAAGUUGUAAGCAGUAAACAGUCGUGGUUGUACGGCCGUAGAGUGGAGCAUCAUUCGAUCGGAGAAUCGAAAUCGGGAGAAUUAGAACUAAAAAGCCUUUGAAUGGCUCCACCCAAGUCUAAAGCUCCCACUCAGGCCACCAAUACAAGGAUUUUCUUCUUUUCCAUUCUCCUCGCUCUCCAAUACGGCGCUCAACCUUUGAUUUCCAAACGCUGCAUCAGCCGUGAAGUUAUUGUGACUUCAUCCGUUUUGGCAUGUGAGGCUGCAAAGGUUAUAUUUGCUGUGUACUUCAUGGCAAAAGAAGGUAGUCUAGGGAGAACGUUCAAAGAAUGGACUUUGGUUGGUGCAUUGACUGCAUCAGGACUUCCUGCAGCUAUAUAUGCACUGCAAAAUAGUUUGUUGCAAAUUUCUUACAAAAAUCUUGAUUCACUCACAUUCUCAAUGCUGAAUCAGACAAAAAUAAUUUUCACUGCAUUAUUUACAUAUUUUAUGUUGAGGCAAAAACAAUCAAUUCAACAAAUUGGAGCCUUGUUCUUGUUAAUAGCUGCAGCAGUUUUACUUAGUGUUGGUGAAGGCUCUAACAAAGGUUCUACUAGUGGUAAUGCUGAUCAAAUUUUAUUCUAUGGAAUUGUACCUGUAUUAAUUGCUUCACUGCUCUCUGGACUAGCUUCUUCCCUGUGCCAAUGGGCUUCUCAGGUUAAGAAACACUCAUCAUACCUAAUGACUGUAGAAAUGUCCAUUGUUGGAAGUUUAUGUUUGCUUGCCAGUACCUUCAAAUCUCCAGAUGGGGAAGCCAUGAGACAGCAUGGAUUUUUUCAUGCUUGGACUCCUCUAACUUGGAUCCCAGUAAUUUUCAAUGCCCUUGGUGGAAUCCUUGUUGGUUUAGUUACAAGCUAUGCUGGCGGUGUUCGAAAGGGAUUUGUGAUUGUCUCAGCUUUACUCGUUACAGCAUUGCUACAGUUCAUUUUUGAAGGAAAACCACCUUCAUUGUAUUGUCUUGUGGCUCUUCCGCUAGUGGUCGGUAGCAUUUCAAUAUAUCAGAAAUACCCCUACCAGAUUAAGAAAAAGGAAUCAUAAAACCAUCCCGCCAUAGUAUGGGGAAGUUAUUUGACUCGUUCCCCGCUCAAGCUUCUUUGUUUUAUAUCCAUAAUAUAUAAGCAUCUUGUAAAUGAUAGAAGGUAGGCAUUCUUUUUAAUGCCUGCUCGAUCUCAAUAGAAUUAGGAUCUUAUUAUAUAGACUUUUUUCUCUUCUUUUCUGGAACUUUUGAAUGAGGCAUUUAUCUUGGUCUUCUAUUCAAUGUGUGGAUAGAGGGACGAAGUUCUUGUAUUUGAAAUUUGUGUUGGAGAAGUAAAUGGCUAUAGAGGGUUGAUGAAAAGGAAAUUUACGUAAAAAAAAUAGUAUGACUUUUCUUCACUGAACUAGAACAUUAUAGAUUUGAGUA